CUCUCUCUCUCUCUGUACCUCAGACGCUGCACAACCUGAACUCAAAGCUACCCAACACACAGUGGAGUAAGCUACAACUGUCAAUACAAUUAAAAAUUAUCAAUAUUUAUUGAUCGGGAAGUGCUGCGCUGCGUUGGGACAUAGCUGCGUUGGAGAGACGGUUAAUGAUCGAGCUUGGCUAGGUGGAUUUCCUCUGGUUUUCACCCAUCAACGUGGACUAUAGCAACAGAGACAAGAUCAAGAUGAACCAGACCAAGGUGGUAGAAGAGGAACCGUAUAACUACUAUGACUACUCAGACUGGUACUCCAACAAUAUGGAACCCACCAGACCUCCAAAAGAAGUUAUUCUCCCAUGUGACCCCACAGCGGAUGACCAGCUUUUUCACGUAUGCAUCGCUUCAGUAUCUCUCGUUGUGGUGCUGAUUCUAGCAGUCCUGAAGAGGAGAAAGAGUCUAUGUGAGGGUUUUGCCAGUGGAUCAACUGGUAUCUCAAGUCCAGUGAACUUCCUGGACCAGACGCAGCACAAAGCCCUAGCAGUAGCUGUGUUUGGGCUGGUCUUCAGCAAGCUGUCUGUAUUGGUCCUGGCUCCAGAUCCCCUGCCCUUCUCCAAAGACACCCCUCAGGAUAUCAAAGAGUACAUGAAAAUCAUCGCCAUCUUCUACUGGCCUGCCCUGUACUACCCACUCCUGGCCUGUGGUACGCUCCACAGUAAACUGGGCUAUGUGCUGGGCAGUCUAUUCUCCUGGACCCACUUUGCUGUCCUCGUCUGGCAGAAGAUUGACUGUCCCAAAACACCGGAGCUGUAUAAGUACUAUUCCCUGCUGGCCAGUCUCCCACAGAUCGGCUGUCUGGGAUUCCUCUGUAUCAAGUACCCACUACUGUUUCUCAAAGGUGCCAAGGCUAAUGGUUCUGAGGACCUGGAGAGCAGCUACUACACAGACUACGUGAAAUUAAUUCUAAAGAAGAAAAAGUCAAACGUCAG